UUUGUUAAUGCUUCUUCUAACCGGCAAGUUUUGACAUUUAUAAACAUUGUGGUCAAACGUUUUUCUUCGUUGUUUUUCAAUACGCGUGCUAAUUGCAUAUUAGUCGUGAAUGACAACACUCAUAGUUCGUGUAAUGUAGUUACAAUUGUGCUCUUUCAAUAUCUUGCAUUCUCCAUUGCGGUGCCCACAGCAUACUCAUAGCCAUGACCGACGAGGAGCAUACAUUCAAUUACGAUGAUUUAAACUUGGAAUUUUUGGAGCUUUCCCCACCAAGAAAAAAAGAAAUUCAGAAAGCUGUCACGGCUACAACCUAUACGCAUUCUUUUCGCGCCAAUUCGUAUAAAGCAAAGGAUCUGGCGCAAAGAGUUGCACAAAGUGAUGAACUGGUUAAUAAAAUUGAAUUGUUGAAAAGGGAAAAUUCAGAUAUCCAGCAGAAGCUUAGAGAUUUUCAGAAAUCCGCCAAUCAAAUUCACAAACUAUAUGAAAAUGAAAAAAAGAAAUGUUUGGAUUUGCAAAUGCAAUUCCAAAAUGUGGAGCUCAAAUCAAAUGAUCUGCACGAACAUUGCGCACGGUUGGAUAAUGAAGUGGCCGAGAAAAAAAUGCAGCUGGAACAAUUAGAAGCUCAAUUAGAUAACACAAUAGGUCCCUUAAGCUAUACGGAAUUAGCAAUCAAAUAUCUGAAAUUAAUGCAAAAACUGAAUGAAGAUGAAACAAUGAAAUCGUAUGACAAGCCACUUUUAGAUGCUUUAAGUAAUUACUGUGAACAAAGAGGUAUGAAAGUACCUAUUAUAAAAGUAAAAGCUAAAAAUAAACGUAAACUUAGAAAAGAUAAAGAUAUUCAGUGUAAUCUGCUGGACGCUUCAGAUAAAUUUGUUUCAAGGCAAGUCCAUGCAGCAUCCACACAGACUUCAGUAAUGCAAAGCAACCAGAUGCACACACAAACGGUAGCGCCAUUAGUGAGAGAUAUCCAAACACAAACAAAGCAAACAGAGAAAACCCUCACCAAUAGUACGCAGAAUCAAGCGGUACAAACACGUUUAAUUGAAUUUCAUUCUCAGGGAACACAACAUAUAUCUACUACAACAACACGGGGUACAUCAACUUCAUGCUUUAUCAAAAAACAUAAUGUCGGUACAAUUUUUCCAGAACCAAAGUUAAUUCCAUUAGAAGCAACAUUGGUUGAUAAAUUCUUUGAAGUAUGGAACGUUUCACCGCUUAGUCCAAUAUCCGAUCCAAUUUCGGAAACACCAUUUAAUGAAUUUAAGUUAUCAGAUCCUCCUCCAUUGCCUGAUACAUCUAAGUCUACAGGCACUUGCACUUAUUUAUGUAAUGUGCAUCGCCAAAUAGAUUAUAUUCCAAUUAUGAAACCAAUUAAACGCUCACAAUCCAGUUCACCUUCACCGUUUAUAUAUGAUAAUUUAAAAUAUGAAGUCAAUGCCACUCCAACAUCUACGCCACCACCAUCAGCAUCUCUAUCGACAACACAGCUUAACGAAAACGCUGAAACAGCAGGUUUACCGACAAACAGUAAUAUAAGCAAUAUUAGUAACUUGGAUCCAAUGAUAAGCUCAUUAACGAACCUUCCCGAAAUGCAUCCAGAAGUAUUUUCUACAGUUUGGCAAAUGGCUGGUCAAAUGUUUAUGGGACUUUUAUACCCGCCUACCAGUAACCACUUGCGAGCCCAACAGUUUAAUAGGUCUGGUGAUUCACAUAACUUGCAACAGUUUCAUAAUUGGAUACAUACAUUAUACGAAUCUAGGCAAAUUUCACAGCAACAAACGGCAUCACCGUUACCAACACAAUGUGAGCAACAAAUAAACAGAAGGGAAAACACCUUCGAUUUCAGUAGAGUAAUUAAUAUGAACGUAACACAAUCCAGCGAUGUUUCAACACAAAUUGAAGGUACACCGAGAGAAAUCGGCUAUGGUGGCAACAUAAAUGUAAUGAGUUAUCUUAGCAAUAAUAAUAUUAGUACAGAUGGGACUACACAAACUGGAUGUGAUGAUUUGGAAAAGUUAAUAUUUAAGGAACCACUUGAAAUACCCAAACGAUCCGUCAAACAAGUGCGUGGUCAGAAAAUUGGCACAGAAGAACCAAUAUAUACCAGGAAACGGAAGGAGAACAGAAAACGAAAGCAUCGGAAUAAAACAAAAAAGGCAAAACUAGUCGCGACAUCUAUUAUAAAUAACGAAACCGAUUCUAAAUCUGAUGAUGGAACAGUUACAGUAGACCGAAAUGAAAAACACUUUGUGACUGCUGUCGAAUUUUGCGCCAAUCUGUACAGUUUCAAUCAAGAUCACCAUAUAGAAAACGAUCAAAAUGGUGCUAUAAUGGAUAGUAUCUACUCGGCACACUUAGAAGAUGAUUAUAGUAUUGAAUCUGUAAAUAUAAAGCAUACUGGAGAUGAAAAACUGAAUAAUACUAUUAACGAUUUAGAUAUUAGUGCUGGAAACUCGUUAUGUGUUAAUGAAAACCCAUUAAGUUUGUUACAAGAUAAAAGCAGUGCCAAUAUUGUCUUGUCUGAACACAUAAAAGUACCUGAACUGUCCGACAGUGAAAAAAGCAAAUGUGAUAAUUUCGAAAUAAUUGAAGCCAGAUGUUUAAUUGAAAAUCAACCGAAAGUAUGUGAAGAACAAACCAAACAAAAAUUGCAUUUUGCAUAUAAAAUAUUUGGAAGUGAUUCAGAUGAUAGCGACAUUGACAUUGUAAAUACAAAUAACUCGCUACAACAAAAACAACAACAUACAAGUAGCACCACACAAUUCGAUAAUAAUAUAUUUAUUACAAACGAUGUUAAUACUGAAAUUUCUGCUGUUUUGAAAAAACCUGUUGAAAGCAUACACUGUAAAGAGCGUUUAAUAGAUAAUAGGUUAGAGGAAACCCAAAACAUUGAGAUAAUACCGGACAUUUCAGAAAGUACCCAUAACCAAGAAGAAUUGAAGGAAAAGGAUGCUGAAUUCAGUAGUAUGAAGUUUACAGAUCCAUUCCAACAACUAAACAUUGCUGCAGAUAUUUCCAUACAUCAUGAAGAAGUACAUAAAUUUGAGCUUCUAAAUAUUCUCUCGCCUAAUACCAAUGAGUUAACCAAAAGAACCGAGAAUCAUGAUAUUGCAGACACUUAUAACCAUCAAUUUUCAAUGAAAGCAGCCGACUCCCAACAAAAUGAGGCUAUUUCAUUAACAUCAACAACAACAGCAUCUAUUCAUCCUUUAUACAAUUCACAUAGCGAAAAUGAAGAAGUGGACGAACCCAUACUUGUUAUAGUGGAAGGAAGUCCACAAAAUAUCAGUAAAAAUAGAACCCACUCCGAUUCAAGUAUAGACUACGAUGCGGCAUCCGAUGAUAGAAUAACUCAAACAUGCUCAAAAAGUGCUUCUCCUACAAGUAGCAGUGGUUCCGAUAUCUCUGUACUACCAGAAGGAUCAGUUGUGGACAACUUAUUGGCGAAUGCUCCAACAACACAACUAGUCACAAGCAUAUUAAGUGAAUCGGCAAAUGGGCAGAAAGUGCCUUGUAAGCGUGGUCGUAAACGAAAAAGUUCAAUGACCGCCGUUACAUUCUGUAAGCGCUCAGCACGUUUGCGAGAUAAACAAAAGCGUGAUAAUCCGUUAAGCAGCGAUGAGGGUUUGUCAUCGCCAACAAAGGACUCAAAUGAUCAGGAAAACUUGUCAACCCAAAGAAUUAAUAAUUAUUCCUGUAAGGAUAACGAAUCAAAUUUGUCCAACUUAACCAGUUUAUAUCAAGCCAAAGACAAAACGUUCCAAUCAUCAACUAACGAACAUACUAACGAUCAGUUUACAAUAUAUAACGAAAUGAAGCAAAGGUCAAAUAAAGGCGGAAAUUGUGAAGCCCAAAUUAUUAGUGAAGUGCAAGUUAGUACGAACGACACAUUUGAAAAUAUAAAUCCUGCUGCCGAUACUUCAAAUGCAAUAGUUAACAAACCUUUUGCCUUAACACAGCAAAUCGUUAAACGGGUUAGCACAAUUGAGUACACCUUGCCAUCCAGCCCAGAACUGAGUUUAGAAAUUAGUUUGCAAAAUCCUGAGCUUAAUUCAACGAUUAAUCAUUUAGAUUUAGAAUCACCAAACUCACCUCCACCAGAGACAGUCAGUGAAAACUCAUUAGCUGACAUGCAACUAACUCCAAUAAUUCCAUUGGAAAUGAACAGAAGCCAUUAUCCUUCCAGCCAAAAGAGUAGUGUGCUGCAAAACUUUAUCAGCAAAUAUUCUUUUGAACUUUUUGCAACCAUAACGGGAAAAAGGAAAGAAAAUGCAGUAGAAUCUAAAAUCGCAAUUCAAAUUGCAAACUUUCUGGACACAACCCGCGACCAAGUGGAUGUGACAGCUGCUACACUUGCCGCAUCUCUACUGGAACAAAUGGCGGAUUGUGAAAUAUUAGCCAGUCUGAUAAUUGAUCAAAUUUGCAAAUCACCACGCCCCGAAAUCGAGUUGAAUUGUGAGUUAGCACGCGUUCCACCCAAAUACAUCGGUACACACUUGCGACUUAUAUCGAUCGUGUUGCGGUACUUACAGCAAAAAUGCCCAGAGAUCAUCGCUGCGUUGCUGCAAAAAAUUGAAAAUAGACUGUUUAAUUACCAGCGGAAUGAAAGGUUAUCAAUAAACAUUCUUUUGAAUCUUACACAAUUGUACUUGGUUGUCAUACCACUCCAUAAUGCUGCACACAAUCCGGCGCGCCUCUUCAUUGCCAAAUGUUUAUAUUAUCACAACAAGUUGGCAUCACCAAUGAUCUACGAAGUACUUUGCUGGUAUCCUACCACGCUGCCACAUCGCGAGGAAUCUAAUUAUGAUAAAUCAGAUGCACUUAUCACCGUUAUUCAACAUUUGUUAAUGGCUACAACAUACGAUAUGGAUACUAAGGAUUUACGUCAUAAAGAACUUCUAUCAAUGUUAAGAUUCGAAUAUCACUUUGAACCCUUCAAACCAAAAGCACUCGAAGUUUUAACGAAUCUAGUGACAAAACUUAAAACCGGCAAGCUAACAAAUCUCAUGUAUGCCUUUGCCAUCUGUUGCAAACGAAAUUCUAAACUUGUAAACAUUUUACUACAGCAACAAUUAUUGCCACUAGCCGAAGAAUACUAUAAGCGUGUGCAGCAUACGAACGAAUAUGAUGAACGUAUUGCUGCUUUACUCGACUGUAUAUCGGUCGUGGUGAAGCCGCUGCCUCUCACUACAGAUAUCUCCACUUACUUUUCGAUAUUCGAACGCUUCCUGUGCGCUGUACAGCGUCCGGUCGUGCAAGAAGCGGCUAUAUUAGCCAUAUUGCGCUUUCAACGAUUUGGUCAAAAACGCUGUUUUCAUGCACUCGCAGACUUCAAACCUCAUUAUCCACUGCAAAUGCUCACAACUAAUGCGCUCAAAACUUUUAUACAUAGAAAGCCGUUAAAAUACUGGAAUGGCUUAAUGCAACAAACAAUUUCUAAUUAAAGCAAAGCUUUAGCUAACUUUUGAAGCGAUUAUAUCUUUUAAUUAUUUAUAUUUUGAAUUCGUUAUAUCACAUAAAUUACAAUGAUCGUGAUUUCUAGAUUGCGUCUAAAUAAAUAUUUAUUUUAUUUGUCUACUGUGCGUAAGUUAGAUGAGUUAAGUUCAAGAACGAAAUGUAUAUUUUUCCAUGAAAAGUUAUAUAAAUAAAUUUUAUAAAAGUGAAAUUUAAAUACAAA